GUCUUGUUUUUUUGGCAAACUAAGAAUUUCCUUCCCGAUGAAAAAGAACGGCGGGCGCCCCGAUUGGGCGUCGCGUUGGAGAGGAUGUGACAUCAGGCCCAUCUCUCGCUUGGCCGGAUCGCUGGCUGCCGAGCAGGGCAGCCCGGAGCAGUGUAGUUAAAGCCCAGCCCAGGCACUCGGGUCGGUGCACGGGGAGCUGCCGGCAGCGCGUCCCGGGCGGUGCCGAUGCGUGCGGAGCCUGUGCCUGGGAUCGCUCCUGCCGCUGGGGGCUCUCCGGGAACCAUGGAAUUUGAACUCUGGAAACCAACCACAGAGUGAAAAAGCAGCGGCCGGGCAGACAGGGCUGAGAUGGGCGAUGAGAGAACAAAUCAAAAUGCCAGCAAAUGGCAGGGAGCUGGAGGCCGGGCGUCUGCAGCGUCUCCAUCGAGCACGCUGAUGAGGGACUUUGUUUCAGACUGGUCCCCUUUACAUGAGGCCUCUAUCCAUGGGCGCCUGCUCUCUCUGAAGAAGCUCAUUGAACAGGGGAAUGAUGUCAAUCUUGUAACAGCAGACCAGGUGUCUCCUCUCCAUGAAGCCUGCCUAGGGGGCCAUGCUGCCUGUGCCAGUGUCCUGUUAAAACAUGGUGCUCAGGUGAAUGGAGUGACUGUUGACUGGCACACACCACUGUUCAACACUUGUGUCAGUGGCAGUGUGGCCUGCUUGAAUUUACUGCUGGAGCAUGGAGCCAACCUACAACCUCCCUGUGACCUGGCAUCCCCCAUCCACGAAGCUGCUAAGAGAGGUCAUGUGCAAUGUGUCGAACUCCUUGCGUCUCGUGGGGUAAAUAUAGAUCACAACAUCAAGCACCUGGGUACUCCUCUUUAUGUAGCAUGUGAGAACCAGCAACUGAACUGUGCCAAGAAGCUGCUCGAGUCAGGAGCGAAUGUGAACAGCGGCAAGGGCCUGGACUCCCCUCUGCACACAGCUGCCAGGAACUGCAGUGUGGAGCUGGUGAAGCUGCUGAUGAACUUUGGAGCAGAUGUUUGGGUGAAGAAUGCUGAAAACAAGAGGCCAGUGGAACUGGUCCCACCUGGCUGCCCCGUGGGCCAACUGUUCCUGCAGAGAGAAGGGCCACUGUCCUUGAUGCAGCUGUGCCGCCUGUGCAUCAGGAGGUGCUUUGGAUACAAGCAGCAUCAAAAAAUAACUGGACUUCUCCUCCCAGAUGAGCUGAAACAUUUCCUUCUACACAUUUGAGCCUUUUCAUGUUCAAAACGGUGCCUUUAAUAACACAGCAAGAAAUGGGUCCUGCUGCCACAAACCAAAGUGCAUUUGUGACUCUCUCCUUGGGAGAUCAGCUUCCUGAUACAUGUGGGAGCAAGGAUGCUGAGACUCCAGCUCUUCUUCCCGUUGCCCUCUUUCCUUUUGAGCUCUAAACCAAAGUGAUCUGCAUCACCUGGGGGCAGCAGCAGCAUGCUCCUCUCCCUGAGGGGCCGCCCUGUCACCCUGAGCUGAAGGUGCCACCUCACCCCAUGCACUUCUGUGCUUCUGGAGAUCCUUUCUCACUUCACUGUGGAGACUCCAUAAGAGUGGGCUGGGAGUGCAGAAAUGCUGACAUCACUGACCCCAGCAAUGAGAGAUAGAGUCCUCAUCUCACAAGUGGAGAGACUGGCAGCCUUCAAAUCUGUGAAAGCUGAUUUUGGUGCUCACCAGUGUGAGCAGUGCCAUGUGCAAGUGGGAGGUUAGAGAGGAGAGAUCAAGGCUGCCUGGAUGCUGGUAUUUGAUAUAAAUCACAAUUCAAAUCCUUGUCUGCACAACAUGACUGCUGGCUAUAGGUAUCCAGUGUGAUGGUUUGUUUCCUUUGUGCUGACCAAACACAGCAGUUUGGUUGGGUUUGGGGACACUACAUUGUACCCUAAUGGGACAAAAAUGACAAACACAGCUAGGUCUCUAACUCCUUUGGUGAUAGAGACUCUUGGGUGUGUGUCACUUAUCUGAUCCAAUUCAUCACACAUAUUUAAGCCAUGUACAAAUUAACUGGCUUCUAUCUGGUUUCCCUCAUGCCCAGGAAGGAAAGCAGACAUCUGUCUUCACAGAGGUUGAAUAAAAACAGGUGUCUGGGAUGGGAAAGGCAUAUUCUUCUAAAGUCAGUGUCGUGGUUAAGCUGAAUCUGCAUUGAUCAGGCAAGGAAUGGACAAUAAACCUAGUGCUUCACUUUUGGACAUUAAAGUGUGAAGAAUCUCUGCCUUGGUAACACGGAAAGCUGGAGAAACAUCCCAUUAAAUUGUAGAUGAUGAAGAACAUUUUUGUACGUACUAGUUUUGCCUUUAGGCAUCUUAUGUACUUUUUGCCUUAUGUACUUUUGCCAUUAGGCAUCUUAUUUUGUAACUUCAGCCAAUGGGUUUACAGGAGUAAUGAUUAUACCAGGAGGAAAUUGCUCUGAGAAUCAGGUGAGGGUGUUGCUUCUAGUUUGCUUUUCUUAUGAAAAUUUUAUGGUAUGACUGUUUACUUGAAUUUCUCUGCCCAAGUGUAAUUAGGAUGAAUUCUGUAUACUCAGCUUGUAUCAUCUCAGUGUGUUUACUUAUUUAUUUUCAUAAAAAUUGUGGUCAACACUGGUGAAUUGCAACUUUAUGCAUCAACACUUAGCCAGUUAUAAACCAUAAAAGUACAAGAUGCAAACUGAAUAAGCUCAUUGUAGGUGAGAUUUGGAUUUUUUUCUAUAUUUAAAACCGUUCAAAAUGUAAUGCAGGAUUUAAAUGAUUGUCAGGAAUGUAUUUAAUCAGAUUUGUUCCUAUUUUUAUAUUAGCAGUUUAAUGGUAUUAAGCCACGAUUUUGUAGAAUAUGUUUUUCAGAAAUAAAUAAUUUAUACUCUUU